GAGAGGUUCUGUAACAGCGUGGUGGACCUCUACUCAACCUCAGCAAGCCUCUCUUGGACAUUGGACUGUACAUCUUCAAGCUGACGUCUGCCAUCGGUGCCCAGGGCCCAGCGAGUAUGAUGACCUACCUGCUGGUCUCAGGCCUGUUCCUGACCAGACUACGACGGCCCAUCGGUAAGAUGACGGUGACAGAGCAGCGCUACGAGGGAGAGUACCGAUAUGUCAACUCGCGACUCAUCACCAACAGUGAGGAGAUUGCCUUCUACAACGGGAACAUGAGAGAGAAACAGACGAUUCACUCGACAUUUAAGAAACUGGUCGACCAUUUGCACAAGUUUAUCUUCUUCCGUUUCUCAAUGGGCUUCGUGGACAGCCUGAUCGCAAAGUGUAAGACCUGAUGUUUUAAAUACUGCAUAUUAAAAUGGUGAUAUCG